AUGAAGUUCCUCGUCGUCUUCGUUGCUCUCUUCGCCCUGGCAGUGGCAGCUCCUGCUCAAUCUGAUGAUGUCCAAGUUCUGCGCCAGGAAUCAAAUGUUGGCAUUGAUAACUUCCAGACCAGUUUGGAGCUGGAUAAUGGUAUCAACCAACAAGCCGAAGGACAACUUAAGCAAAUUAGCAGCGAGGAAUCCGCUAUUGUCGUUAAGGGCUCGUUCAAAUGGGUUGACCCUUCGGGCCAGGAGCACGUAAUUACCUACAUUGCCGAUGAGAACGGCUACCAGCCACAGGGUGCUGACAUUCCCGUCGCACCAGUUGCCUAA